CUAUGGGAGGUGCCGCCCGCCCCCCCGUUUCCUGUUAUUGCGAUGUGGCUCAUUGUCGCCCCGUUACACUUCUUUCGACCAGCGCCACGAUCAUAUGAACACGGGACAGCUUGUAUGCUAUAGGAUCAGUCUUCUCGCUUUCGCUACAUUCUGAAAAACCUAUUUCUGAAACGCUUUCUUCCGUGGGUAGGGGAUAUUAUUCUGAAGGCCCGCACGACCUUACUAACGAGCGUGAAAGUGUUCGAGGAAAAGGGAAGGGAGACCGCAGCAUGGAUUCCUCUCAGACUGCAGAGACCGAGGAGCUCCUGACCUGCCUGUACAUCCAGCUCUACCACCCUCAGCAGUACUCCAGACCCCUCUACCAGCUGCUGCCCCUGGGCCAGCGGUGGAAGCAGCCGGCCGAGGACCCCCUGAGGCUGGGUCGCGACAACAAGGCCUGCACCUUCGCCCUGGUCGACCCGCGCGUCUCCCGGAAGCAGCUGGCCCUCCAGGCCUUCCGCUCGCCCCGCAGCUCUGAGCUGCUCUUCCAGGUGCAGAACCUGAGCCAGAAGGCCCGUGUGGCGGUCAACGGCGCCGAGCUGGACUACCUGCAGUGGGCGGAGCUUCCCGCCAAAGCCCUGCUCCGGUUUGGGGAGUACCAGCUGCUGGUGUGCCGCGAGCCCGGGGAGGCGCAGGGCAGCUUCGAGGUACAGUUCCAGGUGUCCCGGCUGCCCCCCUGCCAGGAGCUGGGGGACGGGGUGCCGUGCGGGACAAGCGUCAUGGACACGGGACUGUCCCUGCCUCAGCCACCCCCACCCCCAUGCUCUCAGAUACCCCUGGAGACAGACGAGUCCAUUUACCUGUCCUGAGGCUCCUGAAUGACACUGAUCGCUGUCAGAGCACUUUGUUUUACUGCGUUUUUUAACGCGCUUUCAGAACAAUCCGCCGUUUUAAAAGUCAUGCACAGGUUGUGACAGACAGAACAAUCAGAGCCAUUUUAAAAGUCAUGUACAGGUUGUGACAGACAGAACAAUCAGAACCAUGAGAGUAGCAGUGGGGAACUGACUGAAUGACAGACUUAUCAAAUGAAAGAGUGUUAGCUGCUGUGACUGUUAGGAAACAGUAGAUAAUUAUCGUAAGGGCUGACGGUACUUGCUCUCGUUGUGACCGGUUUUAACUCGCCUUGCAUCAGAGUGACCUCAGUGUGCUGUUACACCUCCAGCAUCGCUGGGAUGCUGCGGCCAGGUAGCAGAGUACAGUGUGAAAUUAAGCCACGGAUGUAGCCAUGUGUGUUGAAGAGGUGGUGGGGAAAGCAGUGGUUCUCUGACACUGAUCCAUAAGAGAGAGACCCACUCACUUUUUACAGGAUCCAGGUAGCUCUUAUCUGUAUAUAACAUGCAAUAAUGUCUCCGUUUUGGAAAUAGUGUUUUCCCAAUACUGUGAAUGCUGGUAUGUAGAAGGACUCUGAAGACUCAAGUAGAAAAAUUUAACAAAGUUGUGACAACAGGAAUACAUGUCACUUCUUCAUAAAUAACCAAUAUUAUAUUGUUGUCACUAUGUAACUGUUAAAGUGCACUAAGACUAGUGUGGAAGUAUCAACUUCUUCUAACACUGUG